GGAAAAUUUUUCAAAAUGGCCAACUUUUGCGGAGCCGUGGUCGAAACGCGAGUGCUUGUCGCGCGUAUUGUUGCGUAAAAUAAUAACCAUUUUGCUCCGGAAAACGGCUCCGGACCGGGCUAAAAGUGUCGCGAAUCGAAUUGGCCACCGGAUGAACAAGUGCGGAUGCGAGAGUGUAUGAAAAUAUCGCCGGAAAUGUAAAGAAAAUCGACGUUUUUGUGUGCCCCGUUGAAUGUGUAGCAAAAAAAAAGUGAGACCAGCCGAGAGAUCAAAGGAAGCGAAAAAAAGUGAGAAAGCAUAAUGUUGUCAGUUGUGUGAGAAUAUUAGUGGUGUAUUUUUCGGAUUAUUUCGAUUACUGGAAGCAGCUGAAACGCGGGAGCCUCCAGAAUCCGGACUAAUAGUAGCCGAUCCGACGGAUUGUUCAGUAAUUGGAAAUAAGCUCUGCACGGCGGCUAAAAAUCAUGUCAAUGUUUGUAAUGUGAUGAUAUUGUGAGCAAAACGAUGAACUGAAUUGUGUGUGUUGUCUCGUUUGAAGUUGAACCGACUGGUUAAGCAGCUCAAACGUAAGCUCACGGGCGGAAAAGACACCCGCAGAGUGAGUAAAGCCCGGCGCAACGGCACUGGCGAAACAAAGUGACCAGCAAAAUGAAGCGAGAGGGGUUGUGGUAGUAAAGCAAAACCUUGGUGAAAAAUUGAUGUUUUUUUUCGGUUUCUUACUUUUGUGUCGAAACAUGUUGUUCCUCUGAGUAAGUGUGUAUGUAGGUGUGUGUGUGUGUACGUUGUGUCCUAGCAGCUGUUUCUAUCAAGCUCUCGGAUCGUCUUCGUCAGCCAUGACAAAACAGUAAUUAGAGAAAAUAAAACAUUCGGUAAACUGGAGGCUAAGAACGUAAAAGAAUACUGUUUAACGAAUAUAUAGAUGGAAAAAAACCCGAAGAAAAAAGAGAAUAAUUGCAACCCUCAACUAAUGAUGAGAAGGUGAGAUUGUUUGCCAGUGUUAGUGGAAGUGCUAGUGUCAGUAGAACGUCACCGUUUUUUUGUGUUGUUGUUGUUGCUGUUAGUUCUCAAACAGCGAUACCGACGAAUCGUAUGUGUGUCAGUGAGAAAGAAGAAAAUUCGACUACGUGAAAAAGAAGUAGAAAACAGAUAAUAAAGAUUGCCUUCGAGCGUCAGCAAGCAAGCGUGCAGGAAGAAAACAGAAUUGGAAAAAAAGUAGGAGGAAAACUCCUCCGCUUCUGCCCGUCGUCGUUCGUGUCGCCUCCGUCAAUCAUCAAUCAAUUUGUAAUUUGCCUACCGACACUACGAAACAGGGCGGGUAGCGUUUCCGCUUGCGGUGUCGAUACGGCAGGGCAGGAAUCGGCCCAUCAGCCCCAUCUCUCGGGCACGAACUCGUGCUCGAUCAGCCGCUACCCGAGCAGUGAAGGUGUAACGCGUUGGUCAAAUACUAUCUCAUGUGGAAGACGUUCUAGUGGCCGACCCAGAAUACAACCCUACACGGUCGCGUAGAUGAAGCCCACCAAGCCACGGCUGCUAGACUUCCGUGUCUAGUGCAGAGGCACUCCAGCGAACUGGCGUUUCCGGUUGCGAUCACCAGCACCAUCACCCCAGUAGUUGACCUAGUGCAGCAAAACGGCCACCAGCAACGGCCAACGGUCAGGGGUCUCACCUGGGGUGCUAGGUUCGAUCUUGAGGGGCUAAUAUGGCCACACCGCCAACCGAGGGAGAAAUCAGAGUGGGUCCCGGCCAUCAGGUAAACGAUAUCUAUGCAACAUUACCAGACUAUCAACCAAUUGAAAACUACCGCUCCGAGGACGAUGAAGAUCGAGACCUAGAGGAUCCGAGGUGGACCCCCGGCAUCUACAUUGACAACGAUCUGUUGAUGUACCUGACCGCUGCUCGGUCUAUUUCCGCAUUUCAGGGCAUGUGUGAAGAGGAUGGUUGCAUGGCAGCUAGUCGCGACGAUACUACGAUAAAUGCAUUUGAUGUUCUACACGAUUCUGGUUAUGACGCCGGUAAAGCACUAGAAGCUCUACUCAAGUGUCCGGUGACGAAAGGGAUCGAUAAGAAGUGGACCGAGGAGGAAACCAAACGUUUCAUCAAGGGUCUUCGCCAAUUUGGAAAGAAUUUUUUUCGUAUACACAAGGAUCUACUGCCCCACAGAACUACGCCGGAACUAGUGGAAUUCUAUUAUUUGUGGAAGAAAACACCGGGUGCAAACAACAACCGGCCGCACCGCCGUCGACGGACCGGCUCGUUGCGUAGACGCAAUACGCGUACCAACAGUAAUGCUAGUAGUAACAAUACACCGCCAAAUAGUAAUAAACAGGAAUCAACGCCCGAACCGGCCGUGACCGAGUCAUCGCGGCCUUCACCGGUGUCCAAGGAGGAGAAUAGUUCCGUCACCGAGGACGAUAUAAGUGAGUGCGAUAGUGACUCAAGUGCCACCAAGGCAAUCAGAGAAAGUGCAGCGGCAACAGCAGCUGUAACGACAACGGUAGCAGCAGCAGUAGCAGCAGCAGCAGCAGUUGGAGCAACAACGGCUUCAGCAGCGGCAGCAGCAGUGGGAGGAGGAGGUGAAACCGGUGAGGAUUCACCUUCGAGGAUGAGAACUCGCCAGAAACCGACUGCGAAAGAGCAGCAGCAACAAGCCAACGCUAAUAAUAACACUUCCAGCGGGAAACGUCCCAAGCGGGGCGGCAACGAAACACCGGAAACGACACCGGUGGAUAGUCCCAAGACACCUAGCAAAAAGGAGGAGUCCUCAGGAAAGGGGCAAAAAGGUAAAAGCAAAACGGAUACACCGAACAAAAGUAAAAAGCGGAUCAAUGAAUUGGAUCCGGAUGGAAGCGACGAAAAGGACAGUCAAAAGCGGAAACGAUCUGAUAGUCCCACAGAAAGUUUCACCACUGACAGUCGACCGGGAUCGGUGCUGGAUGAAGCCGAAUCAAACAGUGAAGCGGCCACAGAGGUUAGCAUCAAUGUUAGUGCAGCGGCAGCUACACCAACGGCUCCGUCCUCUAAGGAGGAGGAGAAAGAUCCACUUUCCCUUGGACCAACAGCCGAACCGAUGGCUACCGAAUCUCCUGAAAGUAGUAACCCGGCUUCAUCGAUCACGAAAACAGGGGAUGAAAAAGAAGAAGAUGGUACGGUUACGGCAGUGGCAGCUGCAGUUACUGCAGCUUUGCCUACCGCAGCCGAUGCUGCGAAGCUGCCCGAAACGGAAGAUAUCACUCCACCUUCUACUGGAACGCCAACCCCGGUAGCUACGCCAGCUCCGGCGACGAUUCCAACACCAGAGGAAACGAUGGCCGCUAUUCCUACUACGGUAACUGAAGAGCCACCAGAGAAGAUCCCAGAAAUGCUUCCUAAUGCACCUGUACUAGCACCCGAGGCUGUCACCGGACUGAUUCAUCCUACGCCAGGACAAGCUCCCAAUGAACAGGAGAUGCUCUCUAAACUUGCUAACAUGAAACAGGAAAUUAAUGCCCAAAGUGGUGCUGUAGCCCCAGAAUUUAACACAAAAGACGUAUUUAUCAAAAAAGAGCCUGGAGAAGAACUUUCAGAGAAUCAACAGCAGUCGAUUGAACAACCGCAAGAUCUUAAACUGAAGAUUGAAGUGAAAUCGGAGGCAAAACUAAUGAGAGAAACUGGAACACCAGGACAUGGAGAUAUUCCUUCUGAUGGUACGAAAUACGACCCAGAGAAUUUAGCAAUGAAACCCGCUUAUGAGAGUCAUAUUAAAUAUGGAUCUGCUGAUGAUGGUAUGAAGUACGGAGAUAUGAAAUACCCACCGCAAUCAAGUGAUAAUGUAAUGAAAUUUGGACAAGACGAACCGCUGGAAUAUGACAUGAAACGAUUUAUGGAACCUGGAAAGUAUCCUCCACAAGACAGUGCACUAUCUAUGAAAAUCGCACCACAAUCUGGACAUCUUAGCUCGGGCCCUGGAGGUCCUCCGGAUGGUCAACUUCCGAAAGGUUAUCCGCAAGACUUGGUAGGGCUGAACAUGAAAUAUCCUGGAGUGGACGAGCGUUCCAAGUUCGCACAGUCACCAGCAUCGGAUAGUGGAGCCCCACCUGGUUUGCCACUAAUGCCAAAGAGCCACUAUCCAGACCAAUUGAGCAUGUUGCGGCAACAAUAUGACCCAUCGGGAAUGAUGAAGUUUGAACCAAUGGGAAAAUAUCAAGGUCAUCCGCCUCCAUUUGGUAUGUCAAGUAAUCAACAGCAUUCCCACCAAGGUCUUAUGGCGCAUAGCCAACAGUCGGCCUCGCAACAAACACAACAGCAACCGCAAGAUUUGAAAUAUCUUCCACCAGAGUCGAUGUCAGGUAUGAAGAGCAGCUUUUCGGCAGACAAUCUCAUGAAAAGUUCCACCUAUUCGCCAUUAGCUGAUCAAAAUCCGUUGGAUGUUUCAGCGUCCUCGCGGCUUGCAAUCACACCGAAUCAGGACAGUCAAGGAAGCAACAGCAAUUCGCAACCUCCGUUGCAUGGAAGCAUAGCAUCACCUCAAUCUGGUCCUCCUCCUAAUAUGCCACCUAGUGGCUAUUCAGGUCAUCCGGGUAUCGUAAAUCCUGGAUUAAUGCCCAGUAACCACCCGUCCCUCCUAGGUUCGAAUUCCUCGCCUGUACCUACAUCUCAAUCAAAUCAUCCUGCGUCCUCUGGACAAGGCGUUGCCGGCUCACAUCAGCAGCCAGGAGGACCCCUUUCAGCCCAUUCUAUGCACCCAUCGCAAACAGGACAGUUGCCGCCUUCAAUUCAGCCUCAACAACAGCAACCACCUCACAUGUUACCAAAUAGCAGUUUAGCAUCACACAUGCCAAGUAGUCCAUAUCUGUCUUCUUCCCACCGGCAGCCUCCACCAUCAUCGGAAAGUUCUCGACAUCAACCGAAUACGCCAACAUCGAAUUCGGCUUCAACUUCGACAUCAACAACUGCCAACACGAACUCUCAAUCUCCAGCACCGAUGCGCCCUUCCGAUCCGCCACAUCCACGAGAUCUGCCACCGACUCGAGCAUCUCCAAUCAAUUCUCUACUGCAAGGAGUUCAUCCUUCACACGGAAUGCUCUCGCAUCCUCUUCCACUUCAUCUUGGACAUCCAGGAAUGCAACUACCGCCUCAUCAUCCGGCGCAUCUAUCGGGACCGCUGGGACAUGCAGGACUAUUACCACCAAGUUUAGGUGGACCAGCUGGUGCCCUUCCACUUCUAGGAGGUCCAACACCUUCGGCUCUGGGUAGUUUGAUGGAAGUAGCAGGAGCAGGACGCCGAUCGCCUUCAGUGUCCAAUAACCCUCCCAGUCACCAUCCUCCGACAUCGCUCCAUCAGCCUAGUCCGUUGGCACAAUCUCCCUCCACCCCAACAGCUCCAUCUAGCCUCAGUCGAUCCAGUCCUAGUGUUCAACAGCCCGGUGGUCCAGGAUUUCCUUCCUCACAUCAUCAUCGAUCUAGUUCACCGGCGAACUCGGCUAAUUCCAGUCUAAGUCGGGCUAGUCCGAUGCAUUUAAGCCAUCAUCAACCGGGAUCUUCCGCGGCAGCAGCCGUCGCAGCCGCAUCCGAACGCGAACGACAAUUAAUGCGACAGCAGUCACCACACAUGACUCCACCGCCAUCUUCGUCGGCAUCAACUUCCUCGCUCAUCUCUAGCCCGUUGAGUAAAAUGUAUAGUCAAUCUGGUCAACGGUCUCCUCCGCCAAGUCAUCCAUUCAGACCAGGAGCGUCACCACCGGUUAUGCGUCAUCCGCAGAUGCCUCUACCCCUCCAGAUGACAGGACCGAUUCCAGGAAUGCCCGGUUCUGUGAUGCACCCUUCGCAAGCGUAUCCACUAGUUCAUCCAUCCUUGUACAAUCCCCAUCAUCACAAUCCAUUCUUUGCACCGUACCCAUACGGGCCAGCCUAUGGUCCAGGUUUCUCGUACAUGAAACCUGCAGGAUCACCAUUGGACAAUCCGAUGCUGCAUGGUCAUCCCACAAGCAUUCCACCACCACGCCCGGAAGACUCUCAAAUUCAUGGAAACGCACAUGAUAAAAACAAGAAUAAUUCAAAACCACCCCAAAACUCAUCAUCGUCAUCCUCCUCGUUAUCGGGAUCGGGUUCGAAAACGCCCGGAUCUGUUGGUGGAUCAAACAAUAGUAAUAAUAGCCAAAGCAGUAGCGGUCCCGGUGGACCAUCUCCAAGCAAUGUGGGGCAGCCCGGUGGACCACUUAGUGGGAGUCCCUUCCAAGGUAAUCCACAUCAUCCAUCACCGUAUCCUCAGGGGCCGCAUAAUCCCUUUAUCGAGAACCAACUGCAAGUCAGUGGCAAAACUAGCCAUAUGGAUGCGCUGCGAGCACAUGCUCACGCGGCUGCUGGCGGCGUGGGGUUAGGACCUCCUCCCGGACAUCCUGGUCACCAUUCAGGUCAUGGACCACCACCAGGGCAUCAUGGGCCGCCGCAUCAUUCCCACCCGAACGAACCGGUGCAUAUCGAAACAUUAGAUAUCGAUCCCGAUCCGGAGCCGCCGUCGCCAGUGCACGAUGUCAAUCGGGGACCAAGCCCCGAAGCAAAACCAGACGACACCGAGUGUCACCGUUCACAGUCCGCUAUCUUUGUACGACGAUGUGAUCGAGGGGAUUACAACUCGUGCUGUCGGACGGAUUUGGAAUUUAAGCCUACCCCAGAUUCAAAAUUAGCUCGUAAACGAGAAGAUCGUGAUCGCAAAUUGGCAGAGAAAGAGCGAGAACGCAAAGCCCAACAAGCACAGCAACAGCAGCAACAAGCGGCACAAGCCCAACAGCAGCAACACCAACAGCAACAUCAACAUCAACAGCAGCAGGCAGCGGCUGCCGCACAAGCGGCACAGCAGCAUGGAAAGCAACAGGUUGGACCAGGCGGUAUGGGUGGCCCAAUAGGUCAUCCAGGCCAUCCUUCAUCGCAGCAACCUCAAAUGAAACCGGACAUUAAGCCAUACCCGGAUACACCCGCUCUGCGUCAACUCUCGGAGUACGCGAGACCGCACGUUGGUUUCAGUCCUGUGGAAACGAUGGUACCAUCACCAUAUCAUCCACUUUAUAAUAGAGAAAGGGACAUCUUUUUUAGGGAGUUUGACGAUCUAAAGAAUCAGCAGGGCGUUGGCCCAUCACGGUUAGAACCGCACUGGAUGGAGUACUACAGGAUGAGGGGAAUGCACCCAUCACAAUUCCCAGCACUGUACGGCAAUCCGGCCGCCCUGGCACAGCUCGAACGGGAGCGAAUAGGCUUGCUGCCACAUCCCAUUGGGCUAGAUCCGGCCGAUCCGAUGUUGCGCUUGGCUGGUGAAUACCACGCUCACUCCCAUACGCAUCUGCAUUUGCACUCGCAACAGCAGCAAGACACGGCGGCGGCAGCGGCGUUGGCCGGGUUUCAACUACCACCCAAUGUGCCCCCGUAUCCGAGACCGAAUAUUUUGAUGCCGAGAGACCCGCACUCGGAGGUGCUGCUGCGUAUGUCCUAUGAUCCGCUACAGGCCGCUGAGUUCCAGCGUCAAAAUGCAUUAGAUCGCGCCCACUCACUGCACGAGCAGUACCUUAGACAACACGAGCGAGAAAUGAAAGUAAGAGCACUGGAAGAAGCGGCACGUGGCGGUAAACAUUGAGAAAACCAAUAGUGAGAGACACAGUAGGAAAGAAAUGGCGAGAAUUAAAACAAAACAAAAACAAAGAGAUUAAACGAUUAGGUACAACUUUUGUAAGUGCGUGUGAGUUUGUUGGACAUAAGUGUGUGUGUAAAUAUACUAAUUGUAGAGAAGGGAAGGGGGGACCUUAGACCGGUUCGAUUCGCGCAAAACUAACAUGGAACCUACUUUUACUGGUAGGUUGCGUAGGAAAGUCACGAGGCACAAGUUAAAUUCACAGGCAAUACAACAUCGUUAGUAGUAUUUAUUUAUUCAUAUUCAGCGAAUCGGACUAAAUAAAGACAAAGUUGAAAUAAUUGAUAGUACCUACGAAAGUCAGUACUAUUCGAUGGGUUUGUUUCUGUUACGGAGUUUCUCCUCUGGAUCCGAAGGUAGAAGACAAUUUGGUUUUGCUGUCGUAUUCAGUGUUUAUAAAAUAAAUGACAUAAUCCACGAGGACAUAUAUUUGGAUAUAUUUUUACUCAAAACAUAUUUUGUUCAGUAUUCGUAUUGUCAUCAAAGAUGUAUUGUUCGAUAUAAAAUACUCCUACUUCCGAUUGAGAUUUCCGUUAUCGAGGUCUGAACUUUCAUAAAAGGAUUGGAUUGAGCAACUAUCGAAAAAUCUUAAACGCCUCACGGAAAACGGCACAAUGGAGAAAUUAGGUAACAUUGUUCUGUUAGUUGUAAUAAAAUGUGAUAGUACAUUUCAAUUAGAUAACAGCUUCGUUCAAUAUGAUUUUGAAGCAGUUCCUUUUGAACAUAUUAUUGCCAAUUUAUCGAGUAGAUAUUUGAGUACGACCGACAAAACGAUACGGAAUGUGUUUCGAAAGUUUUUAUUCAACCAAAAAAAAAAGCACUUCAUUAUUUGAACUACUUUUGUUGUGGCGACUGAGAGCACAACAUAGGCAAGUGAAUCUAAAUCAAAGAAUAUUAAUGACAAACUUACAUUAUCGAUAAUACAAAUUGAAAACAGAAAACAUUUAUGCAACUAACUGAGGAGACAACAGUAAGCAAAACAAAAAUCAUUUAUAUGACUGUAUAAAAAUGGUAGUUAGUAAGUAGAUUCGUAUAUAUAUUUUAUAUAUUUAUGACAAUUAGACAAGAAAAGUCUUUCUCUAAUGAACAGCUGAACGUGAGACUGAAUGGGGCUCGUUGUUCUGCGGCUUGGGACUUUUGCCGUCGUUUAGUGAAAUGCCAUUUAUAGCAAAAGCCGCGUGUGGGGGAAAACCAUCUUUCACACCGUUAAAUCCCAUUCAUUCGAAAGUGACGAUGGCGCUGUCCACUUAUCAGAACUAUAAACUAACAUAUUGCUUCUAAAUUUAAGGCAGUUUUCGAAACCCUCUGAAUGUCUAUAUUCGUAUGUCGA